AUGACAAUAAUUAUUAACCAAUUACACCCUGCUGUUACCAAUGUAUCAAUUCAUAACGAAGGAGUAGAACAAUUUGUUUUUUUUGUAGUAAAACAUCCUUUUCAGUAUCAGGGACAAAGAAUUGUCGGUAUCGAUUUUCAUUCGAUAAAUCCGGAACCUGACGCUGAUUUUAUUAGGAGAAAUAGAAUAGUUAGAAUUGAAUUUAAUGAGACCCAAGCCCGAGUCGUAGAAACCAACGGAAGCAGAAAUUUAGGAGGAGCCAUUGGCACCGACACCGAACAUACUAUUGAAGUCAAGAGAAACCAAACUAAUAAUCCACCACCUCCCCCCCCACCAACUAUUAAUACCCCCCAGUUUAUUAUUGAAAGUAUAGUUCCGACAGGAAAUAUUAAACUUUUAAAGGUUACCUAUCCCUUUACUUUUGACAAUGAAAGAGUGGAAUAUAUUAUUAUUAACUCUAAUAGUCCUGAUUUACAGGUUGGUAAUACCGUUAUUGUUGAGGGGGUUAAUGUUGGUAGAGAUAAAAUAAGACAUAAUCGGUUUGGUAUUCUCACUAAUUUUACUAAUAUUAGAGUGGUAGUUCGGGGAGGCGGCAACAAUCCUCCACCACCUCCUCCGAUUAAUAAUGCCUUUAAUAUUAUCCAAGCCGCUUUAAAUAAUAAUGAUAAUCAACUAAUCGCCUUAAUAAACAAAUAUGAAGGUCUAGACAAGAAUAAGUUUACCGUUGACAUUCUUUCCUUUGUUAGUGAUAAUGAAUUAAAUAACGACCAAACUAUUAAUUAUACUGAGUUAGAAAGUCUUAUUCAGCAAGGGGGAUAUACUUUAAAAACUUCUCCCCCGCCGCUUCCUAAUAACCCCCCCCCUACUCCGAGACCAAAUGAACCAAACGGCAAUGACAACUUGCCUAACCUUCGUGAUGAAGCCAUUACGGCUAUCACCCAGGCUCUUAAUCAAGAACCCAAAAUUGCUGAUAGUGAAUUAAGUAAACCUAACUGGAAAGCCGAAAUUAACAAUUCCUCCGCGGCUAAUUUUAUCAAUAAUUUAAAAGAGGAAUUAUUAACCGAAAUCGCUGCCAAAAGAGAGGGACAAACUAAAAAUAAUGAAUUAGAUGAGUUAAUCAGCCAAGCCGAAAAAAAAGAAACUUAUCAGGAAUUAGAACCCUUAAUUAACCAAAUUAGAACUCUCAGCAAUUUACCUCAUUAUCAAGCCCGCCAAGAGAAAAUCAAGCAAUUAGAAGAAAAAUUAGGUAAAUUAGAUUUAAAUAAGUAUAAAGAGGGGGUUAUUACAACUAUUAAUAAUGAAUUAAAAAGUGGUGAUAAUGCUCUGAGUGCUAAUGAAUUAGAACCCGAUAAUAAAGAUUACGAGAACCAGUUAAAACGAGCCACCACAGCCGAACAAGUUAACCAAAUUAAAGAAAAAGUGACAAAUGAUGUGGGAACUAAGAAAGCCAAAAAAGAGUUAGAUAAUUUAUUCGAACAGGCUCAGAAAGCUAACACCCAACAGCAAAAAGCCGCAAUAAAAACUAAGCUGCUCCACUUCAUUAAAGCGGAAAAUCGCUUCAAACAAGAAAUUAGUCAAAAAUAUCACCAACAAAUCCAAGCCGUCUUAAAACAAUUAGAAACUAGUCAGUCAACUUCCCGACCACCCAAAAAUUAUGACCGUUUGUUGCCUUGA